AUGGCUGAGCAUCCUUCCUUUACUCUCGCCGGUCUUUUGGCCGCUGGCGGUACCGCCGGGUACAUACGCACUCGCUCGACGCCCUCUCUUGUGGCUGGUCUCGGUCUCGGAGUGUCAUACGCAUAUGCCGGAUACCUUCUCAAGAACAACAAGGACUACGGAUCUGAACUUGCUCUUGCUAACAGUGUCCUCUUGACUGGUUCCGCUGUCCCCAGGAUCAUCAAGACUGGAGGCAGAGCGCCUGUUCCCAUUGCUCUCGGUGCUGUAGGUGCAUUGGCUACGUAUUACUACCAGAAGAAGUUCCGCGAGUUUCGAUUCGGCGUAUAA